AUGCACUCACUGACGAGGAUUCUUCUGAACCGGCGAUCCGUGCUUUCGCAGCCGGCUCUUCUCGUUGUCAGGUAUUCAUUUUCAGCAUAAUUGUCGAAAAUUAAAGUCCGCAUUUGCAGACACACGUCGGCCGGUCCUCCUCCAGCCGCUCCGGCGAAAGAAGGAUCCUUGACCUACAAAUAUGAGGCAUUCAUUGGGAAAUGGCCGAAAGUGUUGGCACUUCACAGAACUGUACUCGAAGGUUCGCGCUGGUGUUUCGCCGAUGUCAAGAUGUAUUUCAAAACGAGAAAAGCGGUGGCGAGUGGACAAAAGAAGCUGACGGAUUUGAAUGUGGAGGAGCUGGAAACCCUCGUCCAGGUAGUAAUCCAACCUUUGCUUCUUCGCCUCUCUUUUCAAUUAGUUCUCACAUUUUCAUAAGUAACUCUAGAGUGGCAGCGAAGUGCUCAAAAUGCUCACGCUGAUUGUGAUCCUUCAAAUCCCGGGUCCAGGCGACAUUCUAAUUCUUAUGUUGUGAGUUUACCUAUUUCUAACCUCUUCUUUUUCUUUUUUAUGAGUGUUGUGAUUCGGUCGGGAUGGGCAAACUCGCAACUAAAAAUCGACCGUUUUGAGUGUACUUCCUCCGAAUUUUUCGCUCUCUUUUCAGAUGCCAGUCGAGGGUCCCAAAAUGGCGAUCAUUACUGCGCUUUUGCCCAUGCCGUUGACUGUUUACGUCUUUGCAUUCGCCGUGUAUGUCCAUUUUCACUUUUUUCUUCUUCUUCCUAAUCCUAUUGUUUCAACACUUUGUUUUUAGAAUCUUCUUCCCUCGUCUCGUGCUGACUCGUCACUUCUGGUCCGACGACCAACGCAGAGAAUUCUUCCAGUUGGAAGUCACGAGAGCUCUGAUCAGUGGAGAACAGCUGCUCAAGGCUUACGGAAAUGUUUGAGGACGUACAAAGAAUGCGUCACCGUUUAAUUUUUUCAGCCGUCGCCAACUGAUGAGAGCCGGUUGAAGCCGUUAGAUAAAGUGGAUAGCAGUGAGUCGGUGAGUUUGCGCGCAAGUUGUACACAAAACAAUGGGAAUUCUCAGCUGCUCGUCCAUGGGCUCCAUUCGCUCUACCUGCUCCCUGGCUCCACGAAGCGAAUCGCGAAGAGAAUGGAUGCGCUGCGAGCCCUCGAUAACCUGCUGCCGGCGGCCAUCGAUGAAUUCAACGAACGGCAGCUCAUUUUCGUGAGUGGGCCCGCUUCGUUUUCUUCUCGAGUCUUUCCAUUUCCAGCAUUGCUACAUCCGUAAAAUCGACAUUGGCAAGAAAAGUGAGACGGAAAUGCGAGAAUCGCUGCGGGAGUAUGUCAAGUUCAGUGAGUGCACAACCCGAAUUGCCGGCAAUUUGGAGCUCGGCCGAGUCCGCUCGUCUCCCUCCAAUCUUACUUCUUUUCAGCGUCUCGAAUGCCCAACAACGCCUAUCUCUACGCGUCGGCGCUAUUCAAGCAGAAGUAG